AUGGCUACUAUUGCCAUGGCGACAAAUACCUUUUUGACCGGCUCGACGGUUAUUGUUACGGCAGCCAUUGGUAAGGAUCUUGGCAUGACACAGAGCCAAAUCUCGUGGAUUGCUGCAGCUGCAACGCUUACUGCGGGAGCAUUCCAGCUUGCGCUGGGCCAGCUCGCUGACUUCUUGGGCCGCAAGGCUGUCUUCCUCUUUGGUAUGGGAUGCUUCAGUGGAGGCUGUCUGAUCGUUGCGUUUGCCCAGAACCCCUUCUGGAUGGACAUCCUCUGUGGAGUACUCGGCCUGGCUUCAGCCAUGGUGGUGCCCCCAGCCAUUGGCAUUCUGGGAGCCGCCUACAGAGUGCCCUCGCAGCGCAAGAACUGGGCCUUUGCAAGUUUCUCAGCCGGAAACCCUCUUGGAUUUGCCCUGGGUAGUAUAGUCUGUGGUAUUGCAGCUCGCAUUUUCAAUUGGCGGGCCGGUUUCAUCCUUCUAUCCAUCAUCUGGGCCGUCCUUGGAGUUGCAUCCAUCUGGAUUGUUCCAAGCGUCGAAGCCUUUGAACCAACACCAUUCAAGACACGCAUGCGCACAGCUCUGAAGCAGUUCGAUAGUGUUGGGACUGUCCUGACUGUCACAGGUAUUGGCAUGUUUACAGCUGCUUUGACCCUUGGCCCUGAUGACGGCUGGAAGUCGGCGCAUAUCAUCGCCAUGCUUAUCGUUGGAUUCUUUCUCCUUGUCGGCUUCGUCGUCUGGGAGAGCUACUGGGAGCACCCCCUUAUGCCUCUCCAUGUCUGGAGAGACCGUAACUUCUCAUUGCUUGUCUUGACGGCAAUUCUCGGCAUGAUGUCGUUCGCUUCCUCCAACUUUUGGCUCGCUCUCUUUAUGCAGGAAGUCAAGGCUUAUGAUGCCCUCAACGUCGCGGUGCACCUGCUGCCUCAGGUCAUCGCCGGCAUCAUCUGGAACGUGGUGGCGGCCAGCAUCCUCCACAGCAUCAACAACACCCUCAUCAUGGCUGUGGGCUCCUUUGCCUACCUGGGCGCUAACCUCCUCCUCACCUUUCAGAAGGCGAAUACGAUAUACUGGGCGUUCAUCUUUCCUUCUCUUAUCAUGAAUGUCAUUGGCGCCGACUUUCAGUUCAACGUUACCAACAUGUACGUCAUGCAGUCGCUUCCGAUUCACCAACAAUCAUUGGCUGGAGGCAUCUUCAACAUGCUUAUUCGUCUGGGUUCGACCGUCGCCAUUGGUAUUUCGACGGCAGUGUACAGCUCAGUUGGGGAGGCGCAGGCCGAUGGCGGCGACCCAGCUGUGCCCUACCGAAUGGCCUUUUUCGUAUCCGUUGGACUCGCGGGACUAAGCUGCCUCUUCCUGCCGUUCCUGCGCAUCGGGACUCAGGGCAACACACCUGCUGACACGACGGGAGAUGAAAAGUCGGAGAAGGGACCGGUGGCCUCUGGCUCUGUAACGGAAAAGGAAUUAUAA